AUGAUUGACCGACAUCUUGGCCUCUGUUACAACCGACCACUUGCGAUGCUGGACAACGAAUGCGAGGACUUGUUUCAGCCGGUUGCUGAUACCCUGUGGCAGGCUGGCGAGUUUUACACUGGCCACUCUGGACCGCGCACCAAGGGAUUAAACUUCCAGUGCACCUCGCACGAUGUCUUCGGCUUCUUCCUUCCUCUGAUGACAAUUCUCGGUGAUAUCGUCGACUUGAACGCACAGAAGAACCACCCUAGAUUCGGACAACGAAAUUCCUGGGAACUCCACGAAGCUGAGAUAAGGCGCCAAUUGGAGAGGUAUGCGUACAGCAUUGAAGAGUUCAAAGCCCAGCACGGCUGUGGACCAAGCGAAGAGAACCAACAGACGACGAGCCCGGACCCCGUUCGUAGCGAAUGGACACACCAAACGCGGAAGGUUGCUGCAUACGCGACACAUAUCAUGCAUGUUUUGCAUAUACUGCUCCACGGCAAGUGGGACCCUGUCGCACUUCUCGAGGACGACAACAUGUGGAUUUGCUCGCAGAAUUUCCUCGCCGCAACUUCAAGUGCAAUUUCGGCUGCACACGCUGUUGGGGAGAUCCUCGAUCUGGAUCCAGAUCUGUCUUUUAUGCCGUAUCUGUUUGGAAUGUAUCUCUUGCAAGGCAGUUUGAUUUUGCUCCUUCUGGCCGACAAAUUGUCUACCGAGACGAAUGACGGGGUCAUCAGAGCAUGCGAGACCAUUGUUCGAGCGCACGAAGCUGCAGUAGUUACUCUCAACACUGAGUAUCAGAGGAAUUUCCGAAAGGUCAUGAUCUCGACCCUGGCGCAGAUCAAGGGUCAUGGCCACGCUCGAGAAAUGACGCCAGCGAAACGACGAGAAGUGCUUUCGCUGUAUCGAUGGACUAGUCUCGGAAAUGGCCUUGCAAUUUGA